AUGGGUCAAGAAGAGUCCCAGGUCGACGAUGCGCGCACUCCGGUAACGCUUGAGGAGCGAUCGCUCUCGGCCGUCGCAUCUCUCAUAAAGAAUGGCAAGGCUCAGCAAAUCGUGGUCUUAACUGGCGCAGGCAUUUCAACAUCUGCUGGUAUCCCCGACUUCAGGUCUCCCAAGACCGGCCUCUAUGCAAACUUAGCCCGGCUAAAUCUUCCAUAUCCCGAGGCUGUCUUUGACAUUCAAUUCUUUCGCAAGAAUCCCCUCCCAUUCUACGUCCUAGCCAAGGAACUCUACCCCGGCAAUUUCCACCCUACCUUAUCCCAUGCCUUCAUUUCUCUCCUCGCCACCAAGGGCCUUCUUCACAAACUCUUCACCCAGAACAUCGACUGCCUCGAAAGGGCAGCCGGUGUACCCCAUGACAGGAUCAUAGAGGCUCAUGGCAGCUUCGCCACCCAGCGAUGCAUCGAGUGUAAGACUCCUUUCCCCGACGAGCUGAUGAAAAUCCAUGUCUAUCAGGCCCGCGUACCCAAGUGUGUUACACCGGGGUGCUCCGGUCUCGUGAAGCCAGACAUUGUCUUCUUCGGCGAGGCUCUACCGGCGGACUUUUCUAUGAACUCGGACGCUUUAAGGGCCGCCGACCUGGUCAUUAUCCUCGGGACUAGUCUGACGGUCUACCCAUUUGCCGCUCUGCCCGACCUGUGUUUGCCGAAAACUCCCCGUCUCCUCUUCAACCUGGAGCGCGUUGGGACUCUCGGGGGCCGUCCAGAUGAUGUCCUCGUUCUCGGACCAUGCGAUGCGGGAGUCAAGCAAUUUGCCGAGGAACUUGGAUGGCUGGAUGAGCUGAACGAAUUGUGGGCAAAGAUCGUCGGUGAUGAGGAGGUGGCUAGGCAGCGUCUUAGACAGGAGAGCCCGGCCCAGGAUCUCAAGAUGCUCGACGAGGAGAUUGUCGAGUCGCUCCUGGAAAGCGUCGAAGGCAUGUCACUGAAGGAUUACGCUGCCGGGAAAGAGCAGGAACCUGCCCGCACGAGAGAUCCCAAGGAGCCAUCCGAAACUGGAGCCCCGGCUGAACCAUCAUCGAUCGUCCUUCCAAAGGCAAUUAUCGAUCACCUGGAGCAACACCUACAAGACAAGAUAACUACGGAAGCUAAACGGGGUGAGGAUGCAUCGGGAAAUGGCAAGCCGCCGGGCGAUAAGGAGGAGGUCGAGAAAGCAAAGGAUGAGCUGAAAGGAGAGGCCGCGCCGACUAAGUCUGAACCCACUGCUGAAACAGACGAUAAGCCAAAGGUCGAGGAAGCAAAGGAUGAGCAUCUAGGCAAGGACACGCAGACUAAAUCUGAACCUCGCGUUGAAACGGAGUCUAGCGGCAAGUCGGAUGCGCACGAAUCUGACACGACAAAAGAACCAGUCACAACCGAGGCCGCUAGCACUGAAGGAAAACUUUAG